AUUCCCAGCUCUCUUUUCUCAGAGCUGCUGUUUGUCAGGACGGAACAUGGAUGCAGAAACCUGGUCAGAUGAAUUUGACAGUGAAAUAGAAGAAAGUGGAAUCCGUGAUACAUGGAAACUGUUUGUUGAUGAUGAUCUCCAAUCACAAGAGAAAGGGUUGCGCUAUGCACAGCAUACAUUUGGCAGGUUUCGGUGUUCACUUUGUAGACGUUCAUGGAAUUCUGCAGAAGUGCAUGUUUUAUUUCUCAUGAAUCUGAAUAAAUACAUGAAACAAGGAACAGUGAGGAUGAGGAUCUUCAAGCAGGAAUGUAAGAAAUGCAAAUUUCCUCUACUGGAGAAGCCAGAGGUCAGUUUGGAGAAUGUAAGUAGAAUCAUCAGAAACGUGUGUAGUCGAAUCCAGCAAGUCUUCUAUGGACAGAAGAGGGUUAACCCAGACCUAAAGCCUGAGCUAUACAGUAAUAAUAUGGAAGGACCCCAUGACAAGGAGCACUGCGAGGCUUGCAGAUUGCACAUCUGUAAGUGGCAGACAAUGACAGCAAAAAUCCAGCCAGAGAUAGAGGAAUCUCCAAGUACUCCUCAUCAGUCAAGAGGCUCAUUUACAGACAGACUCCCAAGAGCCCCAGCACAACCUCAAAGAGAAACCUCAACAGGAGAACUUGUUGUCUCUAUUAUCGUGGGACUUGGAGCAUUGACUCUAUGGUUACUAAAAAGAUAAAUGUCAUAGACCUGUCAUUACAUUAUUGCUUUAUUUCCAAAUUCAUGCAUGCAACAAAUAAUUUAUUGAAAUUGGUGUUCAGUUGGAUUUGUUAAUGUAAUACACACACACACACACACACACACACACACACACACACACACACACACACACACACACAA